AUGGGACAGUUGGCCGCCAAGUCUGCGUCCACCCCUUUGUCCCUAACCCUCUCUCAUUGGUCGGCAGUGACGGACCGCGCAUUGAACCUGGCGGUUUGGGUGAGGAAGGGAAAGUGGCAGACUUUCUGUUCGUCUGAAUGGCCCACCUUCGGAGUCGGGUGGCCGGUAGAUGGUACUUUUGAUCUUAAUAUAAUCAGAGCAGUCAAACAAAAGGUUUUCAUUCCAGGUUCACACAGACACCCGGACCAGCAGGCCUACAUUUGGGUAUGGGAGGAUCUGGUGACUGACCCUCCUAAGUGGGUCAGACCCUUCCUGACUGCUCCUGUAGCACCUUCACUCACUUCUGCUCCGAUUCUUGUGACAAAACCUUCCCAAUCGACUCCAUUACUGACUGCAUCCCCUCCUCAAUUCCCCUUACCUGAAUCCCAGAAUGACCUCAUUUCAUUUGCCUUAGACUGCCCACCACCGCCACGACCGCCUCCCUAUCUGCCCGAACCACGACCUUCUGGCAGAGACUGGGCCCAAGGUGACAUGCCCGCUCUCCAAUACUGGCCCUUUUCCUCCUCUGAUUUAUAUAACUGGAAAAAUAAUAACCCUCCAUUUUCUGAGUACCCCUCCAGAUUAACAGGUCUCUUAGAUUCCAUCAUGUAUUCUCACCAACCUACUUGGGAUGAUUGCCAGCAGCUCCUGGGGAUCCUCUUCACUACGGAAGAGAGAGAGCGCAUUUUCCUGGAAGCCAGGAAACUAGUCCCCUGGCCAGAUGGGCAACCGACUCAACUCCCCACCCUGAUUGAUGAGCGCUUCCCACUAAGACGACCAACCUGGGACCCAAAUACCCCGGAAGGUAGGGAGCAUCUGUCCCUCUAUCACCAGACUCUAAUGGCGGGUCUCCGUGCAGCAGCCAGAAGGCCCACUAAUUUGGCUAAGGUAGGUGAGGUUCUCCAAGGGCCUGAUGAAACCCCCUCUACCUUCCUUGAAAGGCUCAUGGAAGCAUACAGGAGGUAUACGCCUUUCGAUCCACAGUCUGAAGAACAAAAGGGGGCGGUAGCGAUGGCCUUUAUAGGAUAGUCAGCUGCAGACAUAAGACGCAAGUUACAGAGAUUAGAUGGUUUGCAGGGACUGAGUUUGAGAGAUUUAGUCAAGGAAGCAGAAAAGGUUUAUUAUAAAAGAGAAACUGCAGAGGAAAAAGAAGCCAGGUUAGAAAAAGAGAGAGAAGAAAAAGAAAAACAAAGAGAGAAAUGGCAAAAUCAAAAUUUAUCACGGAUCCUGGCAGUGGCAGUGAAAGACAACUCAGGGCCUCGAGGAAAAGGAGGUCGCCCACCUUUAAAGCUUAACCAAUGUGCAUACUGCAAGGAAGAGGGUCAUUGGGCCCAAGAGUGCCCCAAAAAACAGAGAGGAUGAGGCUGGUCAGUCUUGGCCCUUGAGGACUGAGGAAGUCAGGGUUCGGAACCCCUCCCCGAGCUCCGGGUAACCUUUGAAGUGGAGGGGACCCCAGUCGACUUUGAAGUAGAUACGGGAGCAGUCUUUUCAGCAAUACAACAACCGCUCGGGCCACUAUCUUCCCACAAGUCUCUAGUCCAAGGGGCCAACAGGAGUAGAGAGAGACCCUGGACCACUCAGAGAACAGUCAACUUGGGGAAAGGUACUGUGCAACAUUCUUUUCUGGUCCUUCCUGACUGUCCAGCGCCUCUCCUGGGGAGGGAUCUUCUGACAAAAUUAGGAGCCCAAAUAACUUUUACUGCCCAAGGACCUGAAUUAAAGUUUGCCCAUCCCAUGGUCAGGGACUUCCACCUCCUCACUCUAGAACUCCCAGCAACAGAGGAAUAUCGGCUGUAUGGGACCACCAUCCCCGCGGCCCAACUGACCAUGGUCCCCACAGGAUUGGGAAAUGAAGAAUGGAUCCGCAGGUGCCCAGAGGCUUGGGCAGAGACGGGGGGACCUGGACUGGCAGUAGAACAGCCACCUGUUGUGGUUACCUUAAAACCCACAGCAGUUCCGGCUCGGGUAAGACAAUACCCCCUCAGCCGAGAGGCCAGAGAGGGCAUCAAACCCCACAUAGAAUGAUUCCUAGAACUUGGCAUACUAAGACCAUGCCAAUCGGAUUGGAAUACUCCGCUCUUGCCAGUAAGGAAGCCGGGAACUAAUGAUUAUAGACCCGUCCAAGACCUACGGGAAGUAAACACUUGAGUAAUGGACAUACACCCCACAGUGCCCAACCCCUACAACCUUCUAAGUACGCUGCCCCCAGAACGAAAUUGGUACACAGUUCUAGACCUGAAGGAUGCUUUCUUUUGCCUGCCCCUUCACCCAGACUCUCAGAAACUUUUUGCCUUUGAAUGGUCAGACCCCAAGAAGGGAAGAACGGGGCAGUUAACUUGGACCAGGCUCCCACAGGGAUUCAAGAACUCUCCAACCAUCUUCGAUGAGGCCUUGCAUCAGGACCUCCGGGAGUUCCGAGAGACAACCCCCGAGGUCACUCUCCUCCAAUACAUUGAUGACCUCCUACUGGCUACUGACAACCGAGAUGCCUGUAGGCGGGGGACAGAGAAACUACUGGGUACCUUGGCAAAAUUGGGAUAUAGAGCAUCUGCCAAGAAGGCACAAAUUUGCCAGAAUGGAGUCACCUUUCUCGGCUACUCUCUUGAAGGAGGGAAAAGAUGGCUGACAGAUGCCUGAAAGAAAACGGUGGCCAACAUCCCUGCCCCAUCGGAUCGCCGUCAACUGCGGGAGUUCCUAGGUGCGGCAGGGUUCUGUCGCCUAUGGAUCCCAGGAUUCGCCGCCAUAACUGAGCCAUUCUCCCCCUUACUCAAGGAAAAGAACUCCUUUGUCUGGCAAAAGGAACACCAGAUAGCGUUCCAGACGCUGAAAAAGGCGCUCCUGUCGGCACCUGCCCUCGCCCUUCCUGAUGUGAGUAAGCCCUUCACUCUGUACCUCCAUGAGAAAAAGGGGGUGGCGGUUGGUGUACUAGCGCAAGCUCUCAGACCUUGGAAAAGGCCCGUCGCCUACUUAUCCAAACGACUCGACCCAGUGGCUAGAGGAUGGCCUACCUGCCUGCGGGCAGUAGCAGCAGCGGCUACUCUGGUGAGAGACGUGGACAAAUUGACUCUGGGGCAGCACCUGACCAUCAUUGCUCCCCAUGCGCUGGAGAGCAUUGUUCGCCAGCCACCUGAAAGAUGGCUGAGCAAUGCCCAGGCCACCUAUUACCAGACAACGCUACUAGACCGAGACCGCAUCACAUUUGGGCCCCCGUCCCUUUUAAAUCCGGCGACUCUCCUUCCAAUCUCCUCGGAGGAGGGUGAGAUGAAUUAGUCCCAUAACUGUGAGGCUAUCCUAGCCGAAGAGACUGGGGUCCAAAAGGACCUAACAGACCAGCCUCUAGCCCACUCUGAUCUGAUAUGGUAUACGGAUGGCAGCAGCUUCCUGAGUGAGGGGCAGAGGAAAGCGGGAACAGCCGUAGUGGACAAAAAUCGGGUAAUUUGGUCUAGUAGCCUCCCGGAAGGAACUUCAGCCCAGAAAGCAGAAUUGAUCGCGCUCACGCGAGCUCUCACCAUGGCUGCAGGGAAACGGGCCACAAUCUAUACUGACAGCCGGUAUGCGUUCACAACAGCGCAUGUGCAUGGGGCAAUAUAUCGAAAAAGGGGGCUACUAACAUCGGCCAGAAGAGAAAUUAAAAAUAAAAGAAAAAUUGAGGCCCUAUUGGAGGCUGUAAUGUUGCCCCAAGAGCUGGCCAUCGUACACUGCCCUGGGCACCAAAAAGGGGACUCCCCAGUGGCCGUGGGAAACAGGAAGGCUGAUCAAGAGGCAAAGGAGGCUGCCCUCCGGGAUCCAAGGAGCCUGGCCAUUCACGCCUCAACUCUGAAGGAUCCAGCUCCUGAAGAGGCUCCACCCCUGGAACUUCUGAAAGACACUCUGGAAAGGAUUCAUAAAUUAACCCAUCUGGGCAGCAGAAAAUUGAUCCAGCUGACUACAGAAGAUAAGACUCUCUCCCCAUCUGAGAAGAAACAAAUGGCAGAGAAGGUGGUAGCUGCUUGCCGGGCCUGCCAGCAGGUAAAUGCAUAUCCUGGGAAACUGGCCCCCGGAAAAAGACUACGAGGAACCCACCCUGGCCAGCAUUGGGAAGUAGACUUCACCGAGGUAAAGCCAGCUAAGUAUGGCCUAAAGUACCUGCUAGUGUUUGUAGAUACCUUUACAGGAUGGGUAGAAGCCUACCCCACCAAAAAGGAGACUGCAGCAAUAGUCACUAAGAAAAUCCUGGAAGAAAUCUUCCCAAGAUUUGGACUGCCUCAGGUAAUUGGGUCAGAUAAUGGCCCAGCAUUCAUGGCCCAGGUAAGGCAAGGACUGACAAAAAUACUGGGGAUGGACUGGAAGCUGCAUUGUGCAUACAGACCCCAGAGCUCUGGACAGGUAGAAAGAACCAACAGGACCAUUAAGGAGACCUUAACCAAAUUGACCAUGGAGACUGGCUCUAGAGAUUGGAAGAUGCUCCUACCAUAUGCCCUCUUUAGAGCUAGAAAUACCCCUUCCUUCAUGGGUCUUACUCCCUUUGAACUGCUCUUUGGGUGUGUACCCCCAGUUAAGAACCUAACCAUCCAGCAAGGAGAAAUCAUGCCUUCCCCUCUGUCUGACAGGCUGCAAGCUUUAGCAUCUGUCCAACAUACACUGUGGAAGCAGCUGUCCGCGGUGUACCAACCCGGCGGGGACAGCGCUGCCCAUCAGUUCCACGUGGGGGACUUUGUAUACAUCCACAGACACCAGCAUCAGACUUUGGAACCCCGGUGGAAGGGACCAUACCAAGUCCUGCUGACCACCCCGACGGCAGUCAAGGUGGACGGGAUUGCUGCCUGGAUUCAUGGCUCUCAUCUCAAACCUGCCCCUGUCCCUGACCUGGAGGCUGAUCUGGACUGGACUGUGGAGUGGACUGAGCAUCCC